UGUCGCAAGGAGGCAAUAUGACUUAUUGUUGCAGAACAGGAAAUGCUUCAGUGAGAAGUUGCAUUACCUCACUUUGACGUUUGAAAUGGAGCAUGAGUUUGACUGGUGUUGGAACUGACGAGGAAAAUAAAUCAAUCGCCGCCUAAAUGGAGGGUUCCCAGGAGCUCACCUUAUGGCAAAAAGCCUCUUUAUCCUAUGAGAAAUUUCUGGAAAAGGGAGACAAGAGGAUAGAAAAUUGGCUGCUGGUCUACUCUCCUGUACCUCCUGGGUUCCUAAUUAUGUGCUACCUAUUCGCUGUUUGGGUUGGGCCAAAGCUGAUGGCAAGGAAGCAGCCUGUCAACCUCAAACUUGUCUUGAUAGUUUACAAUUUCACGAUGGUCUGCCUGUCUGCAUACAUGUUGUAUGAGUUUACAGUAUCUUCCUGGAUGGCAAAUUAUAGUAUGUUGUGUCAGCCAGUUGACUACAGCAACGAUCCACUGUCCGUGAGGAUGGCCAGCGUGUGCUGGCUGUUUUACAUCUCCAAAUAUAUCGAGUUCUGUGACACAAUGUUUUUCAUCUUGAGGAAAAAGAACAGCCAGUUGACCUUCCUCCAUGUCUACCAUCACAGCACCAUGAUUUUGAACUGCUGGAUAGGGUUGAAGUUCACACCAGGGGGCCAGUCUUUCUUUAGUGGCCUGGUCAACUCCCUGAUUCAUGUGGCGAUGUAUUUCUACUAUGGUCUUGCGUCAAUUGGACCAAGUAUGACCAAAUAUCUUUGGUGGAAACACUACCUUACCAUCCUACAACUGGUUCAGUUUUUCCUGGUAAUCUUGCACACCGUUUACAACUUUUUCACUGAUUGUGAUUACCCUGACUUGUUGAACGUCAUUGUGAUUGUCUACGCUCUCACCCUCAUUGCACUCUUCAGUCAUUUUUACUACCACAGCUACCUCACAUCAAAGACCAAUGAGCAAAGGAAAUGGAAGCAGUGAGAAAAUGUAUUUUAUAUAUUUACACGGUGGAGAGAACGGUUGAGAGCGACUCGACUACACAGCAGUUUAUCUAAGGUUUCUUUUAUAUGUACUGUAUGUUGGCUCAAAUUAUUUUCUAACAUGUCUGAAAACAAUUCCCACAUAGUGCAAAACAUGUUCUAAUGCAUAUGAUUGUUGUUUCAUUCAGUAAUGAUCCACUUGAUGGCAUAGACAAAAUCAAAAAAGCUUGAAAUCAGAAGCUAAAGAAGCAAAGCCAAUAAAUACAAACCUGUAUCAUAACUUUGGAUUACUAACGUGUUAUAAACAUUUUAAACAAUUUGUGUAAA